GCUCAGAGCUGGGAAGAAAGCUCUAGAUGGCGGCUGUGCCUUGGAGAGCGCGCUGAGCCUCCUGCCUUUCCCCCCCUCUCCUCCGCCACUUUUGCGCAACUUUGUGUAACUUUUGGGCGUCCUCAAGGGGCUCCUGCGGCCCCUGGUCUCUUGUGGAGGCCGGUGCAAGGGGGACCGUGCGUUUUUCGGGCAGAAAAGGAGCUUUUGGGGGGACUCUUUUUCCCUCUCCCUUCGCCUGGUUAGAAAGAAACAGCCCAGGUCGUUGUUUUUCCCAGCUUGGAAGCCAUGGCGUACCUCCAUUUUUGUGCGCUCUCCUAAUGAGCUUUUUCCUCCGGAUCUUUUUUCCCCUCUUUUUUUAAAAUAUUCCUUUACGGCUUUCAAUGAUCGCCGAUGGCGAUUAAACAAUUGCGGGAUCGUGUGGAUUAAUUUCGGAUGUGUUAUUUUGUAAAAGAAAGCGGAUUUUUUUUCCUCCUGCGUUGCGUUUGGAACGUUCGGAAGCGAAUGUUUUCCCACGACUAGAAACCGGGUCCGGGCUGGCGUUGGAGCCUGGCUCAGUAAAUACCUGGGCACAGGACUUCAGCCCAAAUCCAGCCAUCCUUCUACCUUUCCCUUAAUAUUUUAAGAAUUGAAAGAUGUUGAGGAAUACGGACAAAAGCCAAGGAGAGGAGGGUUCAGUCCACAGCCAUGCAUCGAGUCACUCGGCGUCUGAAGAGGGCUCGGGUUCCGACUCGGGGAGCCAGUCAGACAGCGAGCAAGGCAGUGAACAUGGAAGUGAAUCCAACAGCAGUUCUGAGUCUUCGGGAAGUCAAUCCGAAUCAGAGAGUGGAUCCACAGCAUCCAAAUCUCGGCAGACCCCUCUGGAAGCUAAGGAGAAACCAGCAUCCAAGAAAGAAAGGCUAGCUGAUGUCAAAAAAAUGUGGGAAGAGUAUCCCGAUGUUUACGGGGUGAGACGAUCCAACCGUAGCAGACAGGAGCCUUCGCGUUUCACUAUAAAUGAUGAGGGGCAUAGCGAGUCUGAAAGUGAGAGUCCCAAAAGAAGAAGUUCAAGGCAAGUGAGAAAAAUACACAGAGGUAAAUGGAAAAGGGAGGGAUCUGGGGAUGAAGAAGAAGAUGAUAUUGAAGAUCAAGGCUCCAGUGGUGAAAGUGAACAAGAAGUGAAGAAAGUGAGGUCCAGAAGACUUAGUUCAAGAAGAGCAGCGAGCAAAUCCCUCCCAAAAAGGAGCAGCAAACCCCAGCGGUCGAAGAGGCGGCGGAAAACCGAAUCAUCAGAGGAAGAUGAGGAGGAGGAGGAUGAGACCCCCAAAAGGCAAACUAAGCGCCGAGCAGCCAAAAAUGUCAGUUACAAGGAAGACGAUGACUUUGAGACCGAUUCAGACGACUUGAUUGAGAUGACAGGCGAAGGGGCAGAGGAGCAGCAGAGUAACAGUGAAACCAUUGAGAAAGUACUGGAGAAGAGAAUAGGCAAGAAAGGAGCCAUUGGGGCCUCCACCACUGUCUACGCAACAGAAGCCAACGGUGAUCCCUGUGCCGAUUUUGACCCAGAAAAGGAGGAAGGGGAAGUGCAGUACUUAGUUAAAUGGAAAGGUUGGUCGUACAUCCAUAGCACGUGGGAAAGUGAGGACUCCUUGCAGCAGCAGAAAGUGAAAGGCAUCAAGAAGCUGGAGAACUUCAAGAAGAAAGAAGAAGACAUCAACAGUUGGUUGGAAAAGGUCACCCCAGAAGACGUAGAGUAUUUCAACUGCCAACAGGAACUGGCGGCUGAGUUGAACAAACAGUACCAGAUUGUGGAAAGAGUGAUUGCGGUGAAAACAAACAAAUCGCCAAAUCCUGGAACUGAAUUUCUAGUUCACAAUCGCAAGUCCUCCUCUAAUGAGCCAGAGUACCUUUGCAAGUGGAUGGGACUUCCCUACGCAGAAUGUAGCUGGGAAGACGAAGCUCUGAUCAGCAAAAAAUUCCAGCACUGUAUCGAUAGCUUCAACUGUAGGAACAACUCCAAAGCCAUGCCUACUCGAGACUGCAAGGUGCUGAAGCAAAGACCCCGUUUUGUGGCCUUGAAGAACCAACCUUCCUACAUUGGUGGGGAGAAUCUGGAACUCCGUGACUAUCAGCUGGAGGGCCUGAAUUGGUUGGCUCAUUCUUGGUGCAAGAACAACAGUGUCAUCCUGGCAGAUGAGAUGGGCUUGGGGAAGACUAUCCAGACCAUUUCUUUCCUCUGCUACCUCUUCUAUCAGCACCAGCUCUAUGGCCCCUUUCUGAUCGUGGUGCCCUUAUCAACCCUAACCUCAUGGCAGAGGGAGUUUGAGAUCUGGGCCCCAGAGGUCAACGUGGUUGUGUACAUCGGAGAUCAGAUGAGCAGGAAUGCUAUCCGUGAGUAUGAGUGGGUCCACUCUCAAACCAAACGGCUGAAGUUCAAUGUGCUGAUUACAACCUACGAGAUCCUCCUGAAAGACAAGACCGUCCUGGGAAGCAUCAACUGGGCCUUCCUAGGUGUUGAUGAAGCCCAUCGCUUGAAGAAUGACGAUUCUUUGCUCUACAAGACACUGAUUGACUUCAAGUCCAACCACCGCCUGCUCAUCACUGGGACACCCCUUCAGAAUUCCCUGAAGGAGCUGUGGUCCCUGCUGCAAUUCAUCAUGCCAGAGAAGUUUGAAUCCUGGGAAGACUUUGAAAACGACCAUGGCAGAGGACGAGAGAACGGGUACCAGAACCUGCAUAAGGUGCUGGAGCCCUUUCUCCUGCGCAGGGUGAAGAAGGACGUGGAGAAAUCCCUCCCAGCCAAAGUGGAGCAGAUCCUGCGGGUGGAGAUGUCUGCCCUCCAGAAGCAGUAUUACAAAUGGAUUUUAACAAGGAAUUACAAAGCCUUGUCCAAGGGGACACGUGGCAGCACCUCCGGCUUCCUGAACAUCGUGAUGGAGCUGAAGAAAUGUUGCAAUCACUGUUACCUGAUCAAACCUCCAGAAGAGAAUGAGAAGGAAAACAACCAAGAAAGGCUUCUGCGCCUGGACGGUUCCAUCAAAGGAGAAAUCCGGAAGCAGGCUCUGGAUCAUUUCAACGCUGAAGGCUCAGAGGACUUCUGCUUUCUACUCUCCACGCGUGCUGGCGGCCUAGGGAUCAACUUGGCAUCGGCUGACACGGUGGUGAUCUUCGAUUCAGACUGGAACCCUCAGAAUGACCUCCAGGCCCAGGCUCGGGCUCACCGGAUUGGGCAAAAGAAACAAGUAAAUAUCUAUCGCUUGGUUACAAAGGGAACAGUGGAAGAGGAGAUUAUAGAAAGAGCGAAGAAGAAGAUGGUGCUGGACCAUCUUGUGAUACAACGGAUGGACACCACAGGCCGGACAGUUUUGGACAACAGCUCUGAUAGAUCCAAUUCAAUCCCAUUCAACAAGGAGGAACUGACUGCCAUCUUGAAGUUUGGAGCUGAAGACCUUUUUAAAGAAGCGGAAGGGGAAGAAUCUGAACCACAGGAAAUGGACAUUGAGGAAAUCUUACGCCUGGCUGAGACACGAGAGAAUGAACCAUCCACAAGUGCAACUGAUGAACUGCUUUCACAGUUUAAGGUAGCCAACUUUGCUACAACGGAAGACGAAGAAGCCGAGGCGGAAGAGAAAUCUCAGAAGGAGUGGGAAAACAUCAUUCCUGAGGAACAGAGGAAGAAAGUGGAAGAAGAGGAGCGGCAGAAGGAACUCGAGGAGAUAUAUAUGCUGCCAAGGAUUCGCAGCUCAGCCAAAAAGGCUCAGCCCAAUGAAAGUGAUUCGGAUGUUGAAAUAAAGAGAAAGCUCCAGAGGUCUUCUGGCUCAGAUACCGAGACAGAGGACUCUGAUGAUGACAAGAGGCCCAAACGCAGAGGACGGCCUCGCAGUGUGCGGAAGGACACAGUGGAAGGAUUUACAGACACUGAAAUCAGAAGAUUUAUCAAGGCGUACAAGAAGUUUGGCGUUCCUUUGGAGCGACUGGAAUGCCUCGCUCGGGAUGCCGAACUGGUAGAGAAAUCGGUAGCUGAUCUGAAACGUCUGGGAGAACUUCUCCACAACAGUUGUGCGUCCGCCAUGCAGGAGUAUGAAGAGCAUCUGAAGGAGAACCCAACUGAAAGCAAAGGACCGGGAAAGAGAAAGGGGCCCACAAUUAAGAUCUCUGGAGUCCAGGUGAACGUGAAAGCGAUUAUUCAGCACGAGGAGGAAUUUGCAAUGCUCCAUCAGACCAUUCCCAGUGACCCAGUGGAGAGGACAAGGUUCCGUCUGAACUGCCGUGUCAAAUCUGCCCAUUUCGACGUAGAUUGGGGAGUGGAAGAGGACUCUUGCUUGCUGCGGGGGAUUUAUGAGCACGGAUGUGGGAACUGGGAGCUCAUCAAGUCAGACCCAGAACUGAACCUCACCGACAAGAUUUUACCAGUGGAGACAGAUAAAAAGCCACAGGGGAAGCAGCUCCAGGCGCGAGUAGAUUAUCUGAUGAAACUUAUCCAAAGAGAUAUGAAAAGGAAGGACAACAAGACAGAGGAGGACAAGGCCAAAAAUGUGAAACCCCGGAUCCGGAAAGAAAACAAACCCCCCAAAAUCAAGGAGGAGCCUGGAAAUGAAGCCUCUUCUCCACAGCCUCCAGAUAACCAGUCAGUAGAAGGACAGAAGAAGCCCAAAGGCGCCGAAGCCAAACCUGGAAACAAAGGGAAGAAACCGUUGGGUCAGGGUCCUGUCCACAUUACGGCAGGAAGUGAACCUGUCCCCAUCGAAGAAGAGGAAGAGGAUGAUUUAGACCAUGCAACCUUCACCAUUUGCAAAGAGCUGAUGAGGCCAGUUAAGAAGUCCCUGAAGCAGCUGGAUAAGCCAGAAAGAGGACUUAAUGACCAAGACCAGCUGGAGCAAACUCGGAGUUGCCUGCUCAAGAUAGGAGACCACAUUGCUGAAUGUUUGAAAAGCCACACUGAACAGGAAGUUCUUAACGUAUGGAGAAGGAAUCUAUGGGUAUUUGUCUCCAAGUUUACCGAAUUUAACGCCAAGAAAUUACAUAAGAUAUACAAGAUGGCUAAUAAAAAGCGAUCCCGGGAACAGGAGGAUCAUAAGAAGAAGGAAGAGACAACGAGUGGCAAGCGGCUUCGUCCAGAAACUCCAGGGCCCAGUCGAGAUAUUCCGGUAUCUCCUGUCCCCCAUAGCCCUCAUGGUCAAAAGCUGCAGCAAACAUCUCCCCACCCUUCACAGAUGCAUGGACAUCCACGAGAGAACUACAACCAGCCAAAUAGAAGGCAUUUCAGCCAUACAGAACGAAGCGAAUGGCAGAGGGAUCGCAAAUUUAAUUACAGUGGCAAUGCCAAUACAAAUUGGGGCAGAAACCGAUACCAUCCAUACGAGCAGCGCUGGCACAAGGAUCACCACUAUACAGAUCGCCAGGCACGCAGAGAACAGUAUCGGAGCUCAGGAAACUACCAGCCCAGCAACGUCUCUCGUAAACGCCCCUAUGAUCAGUACAACAGUGAACGCAAUUACCGCGGACAACCAGACUACAGGUACUGCCAUGAAGGCAAAAGACGACGGUUAGAUGAAUUCCGGCCCCAGAAUUACCAACAAGAUUAUCGGAGGAUGUCUGACUAUAGACCUCCCUUGAAUUAUCAUGGGCAAGGGCCAUCUGACCAUUACAGGCCUUUCCACCCAGACAAAUCGGCUGAUUACAAGCAACUUAUUCCUCCUCCUCACUCCCAGCUUCCUGAUCCUCGCUCUCCACCUUCUCAAAAAUCUCCGCUUGGUGUCAAGUCUCCCAUCCAGCAUCGCUCACCUCUGGAUAGGCCCUUAGAGCAGAAGAACAAUCCAGAUUAUAACUGGAGUGGCCGGAAAACCUAGAGACCCAGAAGCAGAUGCAAAUGGAAAGAGCUAGUCCGGCCCGAGGAAACACCAGUUACAGGGCCAUCAAUGCCGGAACCAGAAAGCCUGAAUACAGUGCUGUAGAGCUUUGGGCUGUAAGAAUUGGAAGUGGGUCAGAUAGAUCCACCAAGGGGUCUGAAUUUUAGCCCCAAAUUUGC